GGAAUAUAAAGCGGGGCCGCCGCGUACGGCGUACCUAGCCUGCGCUGCGCGUUCCGUAAACGGAAGGGUGAGGGUGGUAAUUACAUUCCAGUCCUCCCACGCCGGCCGAUCCGAGGCCAAAGGGAGGGAGGAGACCCCUUUCCCUCUCGCCGCCGCACGAUGGUCGACACCAGGCGGAGCUCCGCGGCCAAGCGCCGGGGCCCGUCCGAGGACUCCUCCCCGUCGCCGCCGACGACGCAGGCGGACCCGACGACGGCGGGCUUGCCGGUGGAGCCCGCGUCGCCCCCGCCGUCGUCCGGGAGCCGAUCGGGCAAGCGCGCCAAGGUCGCGGUUGCGCGGGCGGAGGACCCCGGUGCGCCGCGCGGCAAGGCGGUGGACCCCGCCGCGGUCGACGUGCUCGACAGCUCCGUGGCGAACCUGCAGGGCGUGGCGAGGCCGCCGGCCGCCAACGUGGCCGCGUCCUCCGCCGUGUCCAAUUCCGUAGGGAGGAGGAAGAGGAAUCAGUCUGUGAGGGCGAUCCCGACGGGCGAGGGGACGCUCUGGAAGCCGAGGCCCGCCGGUGGCCGCGCUGAGGCCUGGGGCAGAUUGAUUUCCCAGUCUUCCGAGUAUCCCUCAAUUCCAAUUUAUACUACUCAUUUCACUAUUGGCAAUGGCGGAAAGUGUGACUUGAAACUCACUGAGACAUCUCCUGGGCCACUUAUUUGCAAACUGAAGCAUGUUAAGAGGGGUGCUGCCCUUGAGAUCUACAUGAACAAAGUUGUCCAUGUCAAUGGGAAGGCCUUGGACAAAGCUGCUAAAGUCACCUUGAUCGGUGGUGAUGAAGUCAUGUUUGUUUCUCUUGGGACACAUGCUUAUAUAUUUCAGCAACUUCUAGAGGAAAAAGCAAGCACACCAUCUUUGUGUUCAAAAUGUGUCAUUCAACAAGAACAAUAUCCAGUUGUCAAAGAUAAGGAGAUAGUCAGCAGUUUAUGUAAGACUGUGGGGGAGCAAAGCUACCACCCUUCUGAGGAAAAUAUGACAUUUGGUCGACACCAACUUUUGAAGGAUGAUUUGAAGAAAGCAGCUAUAAGUGCAAGUGAUAUAUCAGAAUCAUUUGAUAAUUUUCCAUAUUAUCUUAGUGAAAAUACCAAAAAUGUUCUUUUGUCAUCAUCGUAUGUAAAUCUAUGCUGCAAGGAAUCCACUAAGUGGACAAAGGAUAUAUCUUCUCUUUGUAAAAGGGUACUAUUAUCUGGCCCACCAGGGUCUGAGAUCUACCAAGAAUUACUGGUUAAGGCACUUACCAAAUCCUUUGGUGCUAAGCUGCUUGUCAUAGAUUAUUCGCUGCUGUCUGGUGGGCAGCCUUCAAAGUCAAAGGAAUCAAAACCAUACAAAAAAGGUGAUAGGGUGAGGUACAUUGGUCCUAUUCAAUCAUCAGGGUUUAUGUUUGAGGGACAGAGAGCUCCUGAUUAUGGUUCACAGGGUGAAGUGAGGCUUACUUUUGCGGAAAAUGGAUCCUCAAAAGUUGGAGUCAGAUUUGAUAAACAGAUCCCCGGGGGCAUUGAUCUUGGAGGCAGUUGUGAGCUUGAUCAUGGCCUAUUCUGUUCAGUUGAUUCUCUAUGCCUCGAUGGUCCAGGAUGGGAAGAUAGAGCCAAACAUUCAUUUGAUGUUGUGUUUGAGUUUGCCUCUGAAGAAAGUCAACAGGUGCCUGUAAUCCUAUUUCUGAAGGAUGUUGAGAAAAUAUGUGGAAAUAAUUACACCUACCAUGGUCUAAAGAAUAAGCUUGAAAGUUUCCCAGCUGGAGUUUUUAUUGUUGGGUCCCAGAUUCAGACAGAUGCUCGGAAAGAUAAGUCAAACAAUGGGUCUCCUUGGCUCAAGUUCUCAUAUAGCCAAGCAGCAAUACUUGACCUUGCAUUUCAGGAUAGCUUUGGUCGGGCGGGUGAAAAAAAUAAAGAAGCACUCAAGAUGUCAAAGCAUAUAACUAAACUUUUCCCAAAUAAAGUGACAAUUGAAUCACCUGAGGAUGAAACGGAACUCUCCCAGUGGAAACAGCUAUUGGGUCGUGACAUUGAAAUUCUUAAGGCAAAGGCUAAUUUUUUGAAAAUACAAUCUUUUCUAACCCGCCAUGGUAUGGAAUGUACUGAUUUAGAAUCAGUGGUUUGUGUUAAAGAUCGUAAUCUGACAAGCGAAUGUGUCGAUAAAAUAGUUGGUUAUGCUUUGAGUUAUCAACUCAAGGAUCACCCUAUUCAAACUCCUGGAAAGGAUGCGAGAGUUGUCCUUUCCGGUGUAAGCCUUAAGUAUGGAAUUGAUUUGUUGGAAAGUAUCCAAAGUGGCCCUAAGAAGAAGAGCACAAAGAAGUCACUCAAGGAUGUUGUCACAGAGAAUGAAUUUGAAAAACGUCUUCUUCCAGAUGUCAUCCCUCCAGAUGAGAUUGGUGUUACCUUUGAGGAUAUUGGAGCAUUAGAAAAUGUCAAGGAAACUUUGCAGGAGUUAGUUAUGCUUCCUUUGCAAAGGCCUGAGUUGUUCUCCAAAGGACAACUUAUGAAGCCAUGUAAAGGGAUAUUGCUUUUUGGUCCACCUGGCACCGGUAAGACCAUGCUUGCCAAAGCUGUUGCAACAGAGGCUGGUGCUAAUUUUAUCAACAUAUCAAUGUCAAGCAUUGCUUCAAAGUGGUUUGGAGAGGGAGAAAAAUAUGUGAAAGCUGUUUUUUCACUUGCAAGCAAAAUUUCUCCUAGUGUUAUUUUCGUGGAUGAGGUUGAUGGCAUGCUGGGUAGACGUGAGAAUCCAGGGGAACAUGAGGCCAUGCGCAAGAUGAAAAAUGAGUUUAUGGUGAACUGGGAUGGUCUUAGGACAAAAGACAAAGAACGUGUUCUGGUACUUGCUGCCACUAAUAGGCCAUUUGAUCUUGACGAGGCUGUUGUCAGGAGGCUCCCCAGGAGGUUGAUGGUUAACUUGCCAGAUGCACCCAACAGAAAGAAGAUUCUUAGCGUGAUACUAGCAAAAGAAGAUUUGGCAGAUGAUGUAGAUCUGGAGGCGUUAGCAAACCUGACAGAUGGGUAUUCAGGCAGUGAUCUGAAGAACCUGUGUAUAACUGCAGCACAUCGUCCCAUAAGGGAAAUUCUUGAAAGAGAGAAGAAGGAGAGAACCUUAGCUGAAGCAGAAAAUAGGCCAGCCCCACCUCAGUGCUGUAGCGGCGACGUUCGCUCCCUAAAGUUUAGUGAUUUCAAGCACGCACAUGAGCAGGUUUGUGCGAGUAUAUCAUCGGAUUCAAAAAAUAUGAAUGAGCUCGUUCAAUGGAACGACCUCUACGGAGAAGGCGGGUCGAGGCACAAGACACCGUUGAGCUACUUUAUGUAGCCUAACGUUUUUUUAGAUGAUUUGUACAUACAGAAGCAGCCUUUGUAUAGGUGUGUUUCCAGUUAAUUUUGCUGGAAACAUUUAUUCAUGUCGGGUUUCGUUUCUAUAAUCAUAUCAGCUUGUGUCUGCAUCUAGUGUAGCCUGAGCUUCUGAUUAGUUAUUAAUUUAUUUCAGUCCGUUGGAUCUUGCGUCCUGGUAUAGUCUGUGAAAGGUCUCGACGGAGAUUCAUUUGGAUUUAUUUAAUAGUCUGGAUGAUAUGGUAA